UCUGUAACUUCAUUCACGGAGAAAAAAAAUUAAAAAAAACUCCCACCUUCAGCUUCUACCUGAUCAGACUGAGGACAGGACGGGUUGAAGCUCCAGCUUGGAUUAAAGAGUUGAUGGAGGAGGAAAAGCCGUGGGCGCUGAUCUCAGAGGUGGGGGGUGAAUUCGGUUACCUCGAAGAACUCGCCGACAUAUUGAAGCAACACUUCCAGCUCGUCUGCCACAGAGAGCUUCUACAAAACCCAGCGCUCCACGGCCCCAAAAUCCAGGCCCUGUUGAUGUGGAAGUACUGCCCUGCGGCCGAGCCUGCCUUGCUCAGGUUGCUCCCAUCGCUCAAAGUGGUCGCCAGCGCAGGGGUGGGCAUCGACCACCUGGAUGUGCCCUUCAUCAGGGGUCUCGGGGUGAAGGUGGCCAACACGCCCGGCGUGGUUAGCAACGCCACUGCAGAUAUGGCCAUGGGUCUGCUCCUGGCGUCCGCUCGCAAGAUCCUCGAGGGUCAUCAAAUAGCUCUGGAUCCAAGGACUACCCAUAUACCGCAAAGCCUGAUGGGAGUUGAAGUCACAGGGUCGACUCUGGGGGUCAUUGGAAUGGGAGAGAUCGGUUACAAAAUUGCCCAAAGAAGCAAAGGAUUUGAAAUGAAGAUCCUGUAUCACAACAGGACCAGACGGAGUGUGGAAGCUGAGCAGGAAGUUGAAGCGAGUUACUGUGAGCGGCUGGACGAGCUGCUGAGGAGGUCGGACUUUGUCGUGGUAGCGGUCAAACUGACCUCGGAUACGACAGGCCUCAUUGGCCACAGAGAGCUGUCCCUCAUGAAGCCCACAGCGACACUGGUCAACAUCAGCAGAGGUCAAGUUGUGGACCAGGAUGCUUUAGUCAAAGCUCUCCAGUCGGGAACUAUCCGUGCAGCGGCUUUAGAUGUGACUCAUCCUGAACCUUUACCGAGGGAUCAUCCGCUCCUCGGCCUGCCUAACGUGCUGAUCACCCCCCACAUCGGGAUCAGCACCUACGACACAGCGAGCAGGAUGGUGGAGAAGAUGGCGGAAAACGCUGCGGCUGCAGUGAAAGGCUUACCUGUUCCAAACGAGGUCAAGUCGCAGUGACCGGACCAACUGUAGCACAACCAGUGUAACUCAUUCAUUCUGUAGAGGCUGCGCUGAUGUUGUUGGCCUCACUGUUUUACUUCAGAGAUCUGGAAAAUAAAAUGAGAACAAACGCAACCGUUCCCCA